UUCUCGGAUCAUUUAGUAGCUACAGAAACACGCUCGAGUUACCGUGUGAGACAGAGCUGAACAACGGCGACGGUGACCUCUGUUUCUCCUUAGAUGACGUCACCGACUUCUUCUACAAUGAUUGCCCUGGCGCUGUUAACUUCUCUGAUCUCGAUGGUAAAACGCGACGUUUUACACUUCCUACGGUUCUAUCUGUGGAAUGCAGCGAGCUUGAAGGUUCUUCCGUGUUGGAGAAAUCGUUGUUUGUGUGAUAAAGAGUGAGAUUGGAGGAUGGAGAGAUUAUCCAAUUUCUUAUUCCUAUAGUGUUCUUUGUUCGAUUCUUGGUUCAGAAGCGGUUGAAAUUAGUGAGUUGAGGGCGUGGAUUCUGGUGAAUUCAACGAGAUACGGUGUUGUAAUCGAUACAUACAUGAGUGAUCAUGUUCUCUUGCUGUUUAGGUUGUCUAUGAAAGCUGUUGUUAAGGAAGCUAUUGUGUUUAUGUUAGAGUCUGAUGCUAAUGUUGUGGCUGAGGAGCGGAUUUUUACCUGCAAAAGCAGAACGUAUGAGUGUCCAGUUUUGUUUCGAGUGUUGUCUUGGUUAGCCUCUCGGCCGCCGCAGUAGGGAACCUAGGAAACAGAACUCGUUUGAAGAUAAAUACAAUCCAUUAGAAAGAGAUUGAAGUUAAAAAGAAGGUUGGUCUCGACUUUGAGACAAUCUUGCAGUAAAAGUUUACAAGGAGCAUCGUCAGUAUCCUCUUUUGUAUCCUCUUUUGCAUCCUUUACCAUGUUUUUUACAUUAAAAACAAUACUUUGUUUGUAUUCAGUUCUUUUUUUAUGGAAAUACAUGAGCAUUAGGUCACGUGUGAUACAAGAAAGAAAAGUACGGCUACACGGCGGAGCUCCAGAGUAAUCAGAAACCACCAGAGGCGAGAACACAAAACUCGGAGAUUCCUGUGAACUUCAAUCUCACUGAUAAGCUCGGGAGAUCGCCGCUCUCUGUUCUCAGCGGAAACGCUCUUCCUCUGUUUCCCAUUUCAGACGGCGACCUUGAUCUCGAAUACAUCUCUCUGAGUGGCACACGACUGAUCUGCUCGUCUGAUGGCUCUUUCUGCUUUGUCUCGCCAAUGUAAACACCAUGUCUUUCCUAGCUUCCACGGGCCAGAUGUCCGUAGAGGCUUUCUCAGCUACUUACUGAAGGAGUUCAAAGAGAAAGGAAUCGACGUCUUCAUAGACAAUGACAUAGAGAGGAGCAAGUUGAUUGGUCCCGAGCUCACUGAAGCUAUAAGAGGAUCGUUAAUUGCACUUGUCUUGAUCACGAGGAACUACGCUUCAUCAGCCUGGUGUCUGAACGAGUUGGUGCAGAUCAUGAAGUGUUGGGAAGAAGAUAAGCAGACCGUGCAGGUGAUUUUCUAUGAAGUGGAUCCAUCUGACGUGAAAAAUCAGAAGGGAGACUUUGGAGCUGUCUUUCAUAAAACUUGUGCAGAGAAAUCAACGGAUGAAGUUGAGAGAUGGAGACAAGCUUUGCAGAUUGUGGCUCAAAUCGCUGGUUACCAUACAAGCAACUAUGAUGAUGAUGUGGUCAUGAUUGAAACAAUUGUUACCGAUAUUUCGAACAAGUUCAAUGAUUCCACAACAUCAAAUGAUUCCAACAGCUUGGUUGGGAUUGGAACUCAUAUCAAGGAGAUAGAGUCAUUGUUGUCCUUUGAAUCCGAUGAAGUCCGGAUGGUUGGUAUCUGGGGUCCUGCUGGAAUUGGUAAGACGACCAUCGCCAGAGCUUUAUUUAGAGAGUUCUCAAGUAAGUUUACACAUGCUGCUUUUAUUGAGAGUAUCAAAGGAAAGUUUGAGCAAAACUAUCGAGACAAGCACGCCUUCAUGUUGCAUUUACAAGAACAACUUUUGUCUGAGACCUUAAAUCAGAAAGAUCUUAAAAUAGGUCAUUUGGGUGUGGCAAAAGCAAGGCUGAAGGACAAGAAAGUGCUUGUCGUUCUUGAUGAUGUGGAUGACUUAAAGCAGCUAGAAGCCAUGACUGACAAAACUUGCUGGUUUGGUCCUCAAAGUAGGAUUAUCAUCACCACAAAGGAUAAAAAGCUUUUGGUAGCACAUGAGAUCAACCAUAUUUACCAAGUGGGUUUUCCAUCUACAUCUGAAGCUCUUGAAAUUCUCUGUUUGUCUGCUUUUCGUCAAAAUUCACCGUCAAUUGGGUUUGAGGACAUGGCCAUAGAAGUUACACGGCUUGCCGGUCAUCUUCCUUUGGGUCUACGUGUUUUUGGCGCAUAUCUACGAGGAGUGUCCAGAGAUCAGUGGAUACAUGCAUUGCCUAGCCUAAGGAUGAGUCUUGAUGGGGAGAUUGAGAAAGUAUUAAGGUUCAGCUAUGAUGCUUUAUCCGAGGAAGUUCAGGAAUUGUUUCUUCAUAUAGCAUGUUUUUUCAAAGGUGGGCACAUUAAUGACGUGGUGGAGUGUCUUGCGGACGGUCUUUUGAACGUCAACCACGGGCUCCAAAUGUUGGUGGAUAAAUGUUUCAUAUCUUUACAGGAGCGGAGAUGGUUGGUGGUGCAUAAUUUGCUGGAGAAAUUGGCCAAAGAAAUUGUUCGUAAACAGUCGGUUUCUGAUCCUGGGAAACGUCAGUUCUUGGUGGAUGCUCAGGACAUUUGCGAUGUACUCGAGGAAAAUGCUGGCACUAAAUCUGUUCGAGGAAUAGAUUUUGACUUAUCGGAGGUCAGGGAAGACUUAAUUAUUGACGAGCAAGCCUUUAAAGGGAUGUCUAGGCUCCAGUUCUUAAGAUUCCGUAGAGGGAGUGUGUAUGAAAACACCAAACUUCUCUUACCGCAGGGUCUGAAAUUUAGAGCUAGUAAACUUAGAUUUCUUGAAUGGGAUCAGUUUCCACUGACAUGUUUUCCUCGUGAGUUUCAACCGCGGUGCCUUGUCAAACUCGUGAUGAGGCACAGCAAGCUUGAGAAGCUGUGGGAAGGACCUAUUCCGCUCCCAUGUCUGAAGUUGAUGGACCUGACUCAUUCCUUCUACCUCAAAGAACUUCCGGAUCUGUCUAAUGUCACUAAUCUUGAGGCACUGAAUGCUUGUUUUUGCUCAACUAUGUCGAAGAUCUCGUUCAUUGGGAAGUCCACUAGUCUGGAGGAAUUGCAUCUAGCUGGUUGCUCCAAGUUGAUAGUGAUCCCCUCUUCCAUUGGGAAUGCCAUUAAUUUCAUGACGUUGAAUGAUUGCCGGGCUCUGGUACAACUCCCAUCCUCUAUUUGGAGCCUCAAGAAGUUAAAGAAGCUGGGAAUUGCAGGAUGCGCAAAGCUGAACCAUUUUGGGUCACAGUUGAGAAGCUUUCCUGAUGUUUCGGGAAACAUUACAGAAUUCGAUAUUAGUGAUACAGCGAUGGAAGAAUUUCCUUCAUCAAUCAUGGCUUUUUCGUGUCUUCGUAAACUCUCAACAGAGAUUGCCGGAAACCUCAAGGUGUUUCCAGAUGUUCCUGACACCAUCGAAGUAUUACAGUUGCACCAUACGGGGAUAGAAGAAAUUCCUCCAUCGAUUCAGAAUCUCUCACGUCUCACUGAACUGAGCAUGCCUCUCUGCAAGAAGCUAAAGGUCCUUCCUACCAACGUCAACCUGCAAUCUCUCUCUCGACUUGAUCUCAGUUCCUGUACACAAUUGAGAACGUUUCCAGAGAUAUCUACAAGCAUUAGAUAUCUUGAUCUGAGCAAUACUGCUAUAGAAGAAGUCCCUUCGUCCGUAUGGUCUUGGUCCCAUCUUCUUGAAUUGAACUUGGAAGAUUGCCGCAGCUUUCGGGUGCUCCAUAGUUUUCCUGACAACAUCGAAGAGUUGGACUUGGACUUGAGCAAUACGGUCUCAGGUGGUGAUUUACGUAUAAACCUCAAAGGGUGCAAGAAUCUUGUGUCAUUGCCCAACAUUCCGUAUUUCGUAUCACUCCUUGAUGCAUCUAACUGUGAGUCGCUGGUGAGAAUAGAUGGCUUCUUUACCAAUCCAGAGAGACGUCUCAGCUUUGCUAAUUGUUUCAAGCUGAGCGAAGCAGCGAGAGAACUCAUCGAGGAAUCGGAUUACAAGUUUGCGCUCUUACCUGGUGGAGAACUGCCUGCAGACUUUGAUCACCGAGCAAGAGAGGGUUUACUAACUGUCAAUUUGGAUCAGAGCCCUCUUCCUUUAUUCUUCAGAUUUAGAGCUUGCCUUUUACUGCCUGGCCACUAUAUAGAAAACAAGCAUCCUUUUGGGUAUACUUUUGGGCAUGAUAAGGACGAUAAAUGGAUGGGUAGCAAGAGGCUUUCAUGUGACAUCUGGUGCGUUCAGAAUGGCGUCGAUAUUGGACAUGGAUCAUGCAAAUACCGGCUAACAGCAAGCUUCAUUUCACUUAGAUCCAAGGAGCAUCUGUAUUUCUUGAAAUCUUCCAUUUCACUAAACCUUCCUGAAACAGAUGUGAAUUUCAGCGAGCUUCAUUUUGAGUUCAAGAUCUCUGGUAAGAAUGUAAAAGACUUUGCGGUACAACUCUUGGAAGACCCUGGUGUUCAUGAUGAGGUUAGAAUGCACGGGGACGUUGAGUUGGUGCCGUCUCACGUACCGGAUUCAGCCGGGGGGCGGGUACGGCACGUGUACUCCUUUAAACGUCAACGUCUCGAGUAAUGCAGGGACGGCGAGGACUCAAAUGGGGACGGAUUGGUGAGUUGACGGAGACGUCUCCGAAACGUUUCUAAGCCAUAUUCUUGUUUUUUUUUUGCUUGAUAUAUGAUUAAGAAAGGUUUAGAUUAAUCAUUUACAUGUUGAAAGCAAUUAAAAAUGAGAUGAUGGAACCAUAGAAUCAAGUAAAAAAAGCUAUGGUAGCCAUAGAUUAAGUUUCAAAUGGUGUGGAGAAGAUGAAGGAUUGAAGGGUCAAUGGAUGAAGAGUACAGAGAGCAGAACAGAGUUGGGUGCAUUAGAGCUAGGUAGGCAUUCUUGUUUAAAAUAGACCAGAAAAGCUUUUUGAUUUUACUUUUACCUCUUUGGUCUAUGGCAUUAAGCAUGUACAUAUCAGUGAGACUAUCAGUUUGUUUGUAUUUUGAAGCAUCUACUGUAAGCAAAUAUUGGUCAAAAUGACAUGUCACAGCACUAUUCAUU